AUGCGGAAUCACUGGAUUGUUACGCUGCUUGCUGUCGCUAUCUUUGCAGCUGGAAAUGCUGCCGUGGCGACGACGGCCGUCGGUCACCAGGUCCUCAGCUCUUCGACGCGUAAGUUGCGAGCCCACACUGAAGUUGGCGACGAGAGAGCAAACAGUCCAAGCCUCAGUGUCUAUGAGAACCUCGCUAGAGCUCUACCGAAACUUUUACAGGACGAUGAGAUAACGGUGCUGGCAGGUAAGGCGCUGGCAAAGAAAACCUCCUCGUCGGACGUUGUUUUUCUGAUGCUCGGGCUUGACAAGGGGCUGCCAGGGAUCCUAAGCAACCCCAACCUAAAACAAUUUGCUUACUAUCUCGAAUUAACGGAAAAAGCGCCGACUCAGACCCUGGUUACAAAGUUGGUCAAUCAAUACGGAGACGACGUGUUGGCGAAAUACCUCUUCGAUAUCAAACACCAUGCGAUCAAUGUGAACAAGGGAGUCAAAGACGAAGCUGCGUCGCUGCAAGUUGCGCAGUUUAUCAAAUGGAUCUAUGAAGGGGUAACGCCGUCUAAGGUGAGGGAAAAGCUCGACGUCCGUCCUGAAACGUGGAGCCGGAACCCCUAUGAAGGUGUGUAUGACGAGUUCACUCGCGGCUAUAUUGCUAUAAGAAGCAAGUCAAGGAGCCCCGUGGCUAUUUGA